AUGCCGCCACGAUUCAGAAGAGGGAGAGGCAAGGCCCCAGUGACGGGCCCUGAUCAUGAGGCCGGACCUUCUCACCGGCGUACACCAUCAAUCACCAUGAGCACCAGUCCCCAAGAACCUUGGAGGACUUACAUUGAACUAGGGAGGCGAUUCGUCUCUCUAAGCUCGUCGCCGUCUUACCACCACUCCUUCAGGCCACAUUCAGAAAAUGAGCCUAACAACCCCCAAUCUUCAUUCAUACCUCUUCAGCGAUCAAAUUCGUACCACUCUUUCGGCGACCCCACUCCUGCUUUUCAGAGUCGGUUCAACCUGGUUAACUACAUUCAAGAACCUGUGGGUUUUAACCCAUUGGGACCAGAGGACCAUUUCUCCGGCGAUCACGCCAUGGAUAUGGACGAGGACACAGAUCCCGUCAAACCAGCAACAGGGACCCCAAACCACCCCAUCGAGAUCUCUGAUGGGUCCUCGUUUCAUGGAUCGCCUUACCGCGGUCUGGAUAGCUACCAGGCGAGGUUCAACCAGAUUGAGUGGUAUUUUACCCCCUCUGAGCACUCGUCUCCGUACCACCAGCAGCAGGAUCCUUCUGAGGAUUCUCGCUUCGUGGCCGUUACUCCACCGCCACCACCACCAGCACAGCAGCCGCCUCUGGAGCCACCGAGGCGACGAAGAUCGAACGCACGAAUGUCCGUCCGAGGAGGUGUGCGAAUCAGCACCCCUCAACCAUCAAGUGGCAGUCACUACCCGCCACUCCAAGAAGAAGAUCCGCAGAUGGGGGGACCAUCAAACCCCGUCUCGGAAGUAAACUAUGCGCCUAUAGUGCCACAAUUGGGAUUUGAUAACCCAAUCCCUGCAUACGCCGGUUCAGCGGCGUAUAAUCCAUUUGAGCAGCCGGCCCACACCAACUACAACUAUGCGGAGGUCGACCCAUAUCAAGCAGUGUGGGACUACAACGCUCUUCAUCCAAAAGGGCCCUACGGUGGUCCUUGGAUCACUAGGUACCCACCUUAUGUGUACCAGCACCCGCCACCUCCUCAACCUCUGCAUCAGCAGCCGCCGCAGCCGUAA